CGCCAGCCAAAUCCACCCCAUCCGCAACCAUACGUUCUGCCGCUCAAGAAAUGCUGGGUCCUUGCGUUACGCAUACACGCAUCCACGCAGGCUGUGUAGUCUGACUUUGGUCCGGACCGAGCUUCGCCCAGGUGGUAGGCAGCUUCGCCCAUAUCUACACUGUCCUCAUAAGGGGGUUAAUAAAGCAACUUGAAAAAUACACGCACGCAUGCACGCAUACGCGCAUGCACGCAUUGAUUGUGACUGCGUUUCAAAGCACUCUUCCCAUUCGCAGCCAUUUUCUUUAUCCUUUGCAAUGCAGCCCGUCUCGGCCAAUGUCUCUGCCGCCACCAUCGACGGCGUGCACACCGAUGUUGCGGUCCUCGGAUUUUCCAACUGCGUCGUAGCCCUUGUCACCCAGCUCGCCUCUGUGGGCAGCCUCAUCCAGGCCGUCGUCGCUAGCAACGCCGCGGCCGCGAACAGCGACCCCUUCGCCGACGCCGACGCCGAGCGCCUGGCCACCAGCCCAGACAUCCCUGUUGACGUAAAGUUUUUGCUGGGAAAUCCCAGCGCCUCGCCGGCGUCGUCGCUCUACCAAAUCCUGGCCAUCCACGCCUCGCAGCUCAAGCACAGCCAAAACCCUGGCGACUCGCGGCCCCUGCUGCUCGGAGUGGCCCUGCGCCUUCCGCGCGAGCUGAGUCUCCCGCUGCACGCUGCUGACAACGGCUCGGCAUCAGCAGACAUGCGCGCAUACAUGCCCCUGAUUGACGCAGUCGCUACGCUGGUCGGCGAAUGCCGCGUAUGGUGAGGCAUCUCUUUCGCUGGUUUUUUUUAUUCUCGCAAAAUG